AAGAUUUUAAGUUCAAAUAACUUAUACUUUUUAAGUAAGUCAACUUAAGAAUUAUUAUGUAAUCUGUUUCCUCAAAAAUUUUGAGUUCACUGAACUUAUUCGGGUUUACAGUGUAAAUAAUUGGAAAAUAUAGCCAACUAUCUCAGACCUCGACAGCUAAAUGAAUUUUCUAUGCCUAUUUUUUGAGCAAUGGAAUAUUUCAUUAUAAAUCAUCUAAUAUUUUGUCAUUACGGUUAGUGGGAUCUUACCAACAACCGUCUUACUUUGGGACCUGAUGAGUUCAGGUGGAGCUGCCAUGAAGCUGCUCUGUGGUGGAUGGCGUCUGCGCUCCUGCCACUCCUCCUCCGCCUGCGAAAGCCGCCACCUCCCGGCCUCUAACAGGCUCCAUUCUCUCACCUCCUCUCAUAAAUCAACUCUCGCCUCUUUAAUGUGUCCGAAAUUAGUUUAAAAUCAUCUCAUUAAGAAGUGUGCACGCGCUUUAAUGACAUUAGGAACGACGUUAGGUCUCUAAAUCGAAAUGAACGCUGCAACAAUAGUAUUUCAUCAGUCUUCUUUGUGAGAUGUAUGGAUUUUAAACAAUGUGAUGAGAAUAAAAUACAUUUGAAAAACGUGAUUUGUGCGUGGGUUUCGAUGCGCACGCUCAUCAUAAAGUCUCCCCACAUUAGCUAAUUAAACUCGAAGACUCCCCCAAGUUCCAGCUCGUCUGAAUGGAUCUGCAGUGAAGGCCAUGGGUUUCACCCUUUCAGGAAAAUGAAUGUGGAUGAUAUCUAAUUAGUAAGGAUUAUCCUCGCCCUCAGCUCUGCGCCAUUGUCGGGGCCUCGCCCAGCCGCCCUGCCUAUUGUUCAGCGCGCUGAGUGGAUUGUUGUUUUAAGGGAUUUUUGAGUGGUUUAGAAGGGAUUUGACACAUGUAAGCCGUUUAGUUUUAAAAACUCAAAUGUUAAUCAGCAGCUUGGCAAACUUUCUCCCAUCAUUUCACUGUAAGACCAUGAUGUGGGUCUAAUACUGAAACUGCUGAGUGACUCUUCAUGGCACAAUCAUCAUGAUAUGGGUAAAAGGUAUACAAGUAAUUCAUCACAUAUUUUAAUGUGGCUACAAGACGAAAUAAACCCAACUGAUCAGGCACAACUGCUGUAAAACGGGUCAAACAAAAGCUCUUAUGCGUUUACACUCUUGUAAAUUCCAGACUGUUUUCACACCAAGUUGUUUCCCAGGGAAACAACUAUUAUCCUAUUAUCAUGGCGAUGCCAAUUUCGCCAAUGUGUGAGCCACUAUUUACAUGACUAUAUGGGGUCACCCUGAAAAGUUUGAAGGCUUUGUAGUCCCCGUGUCUCCCUGGGACACCUUUACCAUUUCUAGAAAACUUCCCCAAGAAGGCCCGCGGCGGAAUGCAUCGUUUGAUUCAUGUAAAUCUCUUGUAUGAGUGGAUUUAUGAGGCAUAUUUAGGGAUGGGUACAACAAUUUUUGUGGGGAUGCUAUUAGUUUGUGUGAUGCAUUUACAUAAUGUCUGAUUUAUUUUAACUGGAACGUGCAUUUCUUAAAAUUGCGGGGCCCAGAAAGUUCCGUUACUGUCUUCCUGCAGAUUCGUGGGAAAAGCGUGCAGGAUGAGAUCCUGGGAACGUCAGGUGAAUGAAUGAGGGGCUGUUUAAGUGUCUGCGUCACUUCUUUGAAGUGCACUUAUGCACCGACGGCUCCUAUUUGUCAAGGGGACGUGGCAAUUAAUGCUGUCAUAGAUGCAUUUUCACGUUGAAACGUUACCUGCAGGACAAAUCUGUCGAUCGCAGGGGCAAGGCCGUAUAAGUAUCAUCAGCGUGGAGGGAGGCUGCAUCAUUUGGCUUCAGCUCUCUUGGCACACACAUCUGGAAUAGGACAAACAUGGCCCCUCAUUGGAAUGCAGCUGGCAUGGAAAUAGUUAAUCUGCUCACUCUGUACAUUUUCUGGCACAUUCACUUGACUUCUUCUUGGUCGGUGAAUAACUUUCUGAUGACUGGGCCGAAGGCUUUCCUGACCUAUGCCAACAGCGUUCAAGUUGGCGCACGGAUGGGAAUCCACGAGUGCAAACAUCAAUUUGCUUGGGAAAAGUGGAACUGUCCAGAGAAAACACUGCAAUUAUCCACUCACAUCGGCCUUCGAAGUGCCACAAAAGAGACGUCUUUUCUGCAUGCAAUCAGCGCCGCGGGAGUGAUGUACACGCUCACCAAGAACUGCAGCAUGGGGGACUUCGAAAACUGUGGCUGUGAUGACUCCAGGAUUGGUCAAGCAGGGGGAAAAGGGUGGAUUUGGGGAGGCUGCAGUGACAAUGUAGAGUUUGGAGAGAAGAUCUCCAAACAUUUUGUGGACGCGCUGGAGGGUGGGCAUGACUCACGCGCAGCUGUCAACCUGCAUAACAAUGAGGCGGGCAGACUGGCAGUGAAGGCGACCAUGAGGAAAGCGUGCAAGUGUCACGGCGUGUCAGGAAGCUGCAGCAUCCAGACUUGCUGGAUGCAGCUGGCCGACUUUAGAGAGGUGGGCAACUACCUGAAGAUGAAACACCAGCGGGCAAUGAAGCUGGAACUGGACAAAAAACCCGCAAAGGCGGGGAACAGCGCAGUCAACCGGGGGAUCAUUGCGCACACUUUACGGCGCAUCGCCAAGACUGAGCUCAUUUACCUGGAGGAUUCCCCCAAUUACUGCGUCAAGAACCAAAGCCUGGGAGUGCAGGGCACCGAGGGACGCGAGUGCACGAAGGGGGAUAAGAACUUCUCCCAGAAGGAGAAGAAAAGCUGCCGGAGUUUGUGCAACGAAUGCGGCUUCAGAGUGGUGCAAAAGCGCGUUGAAGUGGUGAGCAGCUGCAACUGCAAAUUUCACUGGUGCUGCACGGUCAGGUGCGAAAAAUGCAUGCAAGUGGUCACAAAGUAUUACUGCGCGCGCAGAGAAGGGGGAAAGAGACACAAUAAUAAAACGAAGCGCAGGGACCGUGCGCAAAGGCACUGAGUCUCAUCUGUUUUACAAACUGAACGCUAGAGUUUUAGCAUGAUGGAUUUAUAUAAAAUGUUAUUUUCUAUCAAACAAAUCUAAAACUUUUUGUUGCACUUUCAUAUUUUGACUAAAACUGUUUUUAAUUCCUAAUCAAGCUACGUUUUUGAAGAAAAAACAAAACAGAACACGGGGCACUCCAUAUUGUGAGUUCAAAAGUUGCCUAGUCUAAUUUUUGGAUUUUUCUUGAGCUUGAAAUGUGUCAGAUAUAUUUUACUCUCUGUAAUUAAAAUGUCACAUAAUAAAUAUUUUUCUAAAGUA